AAGGUGAUGAAGCAGAGAGAUAUCCACAGAACAUUCAUCAGUGACUCCCGCCAUCUCUCAGAGCUGAGGAUUGUGCUGCUGGGGGGAAGACGUGCAGAGAAGAGUUCAUCAGGAAACACCAUCCUGGGCAGAGAGGAGUUUGACCUGAGGACAGCUGCUCAGUGUGUGAAGAGACAGGGAGAAGUAGCAGGGAGGCAGGUCACUGUGGUUGACACUCCAGGAUGGCGGUGGAAUCUCCCUGUAGAGAGGACUACUGAGCUGGUUAAACAAGAGAUAGUACACAGUGUGUCUCUGUGUCCUCCAGGACCACAUACUCUCCUCCUGGUUAUAGACUUGAGUGACUCAUUCAGAGAGGACGAGAGAAGAUCAGUAGAGGGACACCUGCAGCUUCUCAGUAAGAGAGUCUGGAGUCACACUAUAGUGCUGUUCACUCGUGGGGACCGUCUGGGAGACACAACCAUUGAGCAGCACAUUGAGACAGAAGGGAAAGCCCUCCAGUGGCUUGUUGAGAAAUGUGGGAACAGGUAUCAUGUCCUCAACAAUGAGAACAGGGAUGAUGACACUCAGGUCACUGAGCUGUUGGACAAGGUGGAGGAGAUGGUGGCAGGAAACAGAGGAGGUCACUAUGAGAUGGACAGAGAGAUCCUGGAGAAGAUGGAGGAGAGGAGGAGGGCAGAGGAAGAGGGAGCACAACAGAGGCGGAUGAAGGUGCAGGAACAGAGAGAGACUCUCAGAUCACUAAUGAGUGACUCCCUCCAUCUCUCAGAGCUGAGGAUUGUGCUUCUGGGGGGGAGAAGUGCAGGGAAGAGUUCAUCAGGAAACACCAUCCUGGGCAGAGAGGAGUUUGAUCUGAGGACAACUGCUCAGUGUGUGAAGAGACAGGGAGAAAUAGCAGGGAGGCAGGUGAUUGUGGUCGACACUCCAGGAUGGUGGCGCAAACUCCCUAUAGAAUGGACUACAGAGCUGGUUAAACAGAAGAUAGUACACAGUAUGUUUCUGUGUCCUCCAGGACCACAUACUCUCCUCCUGGUUAUAGACUUGAGUGACUCAUUCAGAGAGGACCACAGAAGAUCAGUAGAGGGACUACUGCAGCUUCUCAGUGAGAGAGUCUGGAGUCACACUAUAGUGCUGUUCACUCGUGGGGACUGUUUGGGAGACACAACCAUUGAGCAGCACAUUGAGACAGAAGGGAAGGUCCUCCAGUGGCUUGUUGAGAAAUGUGGGAACAGGUAUCAUGUCCUCAACAAUGAGAACAGGGGUGAUGACAGUCGGGUCACUGAGCUGUUGGACAAGGUGGAGGAGAUGGUGGCAGGAAACCGAGGAGGUCAUUUUAAGAUGGACAGACAGAUCCUGGGGAAGAUGGAAAUAUGGAGAAGAACAAAAGAAAUGCGGGCGAAACAGAGGGAGGCUAAGGUGAUGAAGCACAGAGAGACCCUCAGAACAUUCAUCAGUGACUCCCGCCAUCUCUCAGAGCUGAGGAUUGUGCUGCUGGGGGGAAGACGUGCAGAGAAGAGUUCAUCAGGAAACACCAUCCUGGGCAGAGAGGAGUUUGACCUGAGGACAGCUGCUCAGUGUGUGAAGAGACAGGGAGAAGUAGCAGGGAGGCAGGUCACUGUGGUUGACACUCCAGGAUGGCGGUGGAAUCUCCCUGUAGAGAGGACUACUGAGCUGGUUAAACAAGAGAUAGUACACAGUGUGCCUCUGUGUCCUCCAGGACCACAUACUCUCCUCCUGGUUAUAGACUUGAGUGACUCAUUCAGAGAGGACGAGAGAAGAUCAGUAGAGGGACACCUGCAGCUUCUCAGUAAGAGAGUCUGGAGUCACACUAUAGUGCUGUUCACUCGUGGGGACCGUCUGGGAGACACAACCAUUGAGCAGCACAUUGAGACAGAAGGGAAAGCCCUCCAGUGGCUUGUUGAGAAAUGUGGGAACAGGUAUCAUGUCCUCAACAAUGAGAACAGGGAUGAUGACACUCAGGUCACUGAGCUGUUGGACAAGGUGGAGGAGAUGGUGGCAGGAAACAGAGGAGGUCACUAUGAGAUGGACAGAGAGAUCCUGGAGAAGAUGGAGGAGAGGAGGAGGGCAGAGGAAGAGGGAGCACAACAGAGGCGGAUGAAGGUGCAGGAACAGAGAGAGACUCUCAGAUCACUAAUGAGUGACUCCCUCCAUCUCUCAGAGCUGAGGAUUGUGCUUCUGGGGGGGAGAAGUGCAGGGAAGAGUUCAUCAGGAAACACCAUCCUGGGCAGAGAGGAGUAUGAUCUGAGGACAACUGCUCAGUGUGUGAAGAGACAGGGAGAAAUAGCAGGGAGGCAGGUGAUUGUGGUCGACACUCCAGGAUGGUGGCGCAAACUCCCUAUAGAAUGGACUACAGAGCUGGUUAAACAGAAGAUAGUACACAGUAUGUUUCUGUGUCCUCCAGGACCACAUACUCUCCUCCUGGUUAUAGACUUGAGUGACUCAUUCAGAGAGGACGAGAGAAGAUCAGUAGAGGGACACCUGCAGCUUCUCAGUGAGAGAGUCUGGAGUCACACUAUAGUGCUGUUCACUCGUGGGGACUGUUUGGGAGACACAACCAUUGAGCAGCACAUUGAGACAGAAGGGAAGGUCCUCCAGUGGCUUGUUGAGAAAUGUGGGAACAGGUAUCAUGUCCUCAACAAUGAGAACAGGGGUGAUGACAGUCGGGUCACUGAGCUGUUGGACAAGGUGGAGGAGAUGGUGGCAGGAAACCGAGGAGGUCAUUUUGAGAUGGACAGACAGAUCCUGGGGAAGAUGGAAAUAUGGAGAAGAACAAAAGAAAUGCGGGCGAAACAGAGGGAGGCUAAGGUGAUGAAGCACAGAGAGACCCUCAGAACAUUCAUCAGUGUGACUCCCUCCAUCUCUGAGCUGAGGAUUGUGCUGCUGGGGUGGAGAGGUUCAGGGAAGAGAUCAUCAGGAAACAUCAUCCUGGGCAGAGAGGAGUUUGAUCUGAGGACAACUGCUCAGUGUGUGAAGAGACAGGGAGAAGUAGCAGGGAGGCAGGUCACUGUGGUCGACACUCCAGGAUGGUGGAGGACUCUCCCUGUAGAGGAGACUACUGAGCUGGUUAAACAGGAGAUAGUACGCAGCGUGUGUCUGUGUCCUCCAGGACCCCACACUCUCCUCUUGGUUAUGGACUUGAAUUUCUCAUUCAAAGAGGAACACACAGACUCUGUAGAGGGACACCUGCAGCAGAGAGUCUGGAAUCACACUAUAGUGCUGUUCACUCGUGGGGACUGUCUGGGAGACACAACCAUUGAGCAGCACAUUGAGACAGAAGGGAAGGUCCUCCAGUGGCUUGUUGAGAAAUGUGGGAACAGGUAUCAUGUCUUCAACAAUGAUAACAGCGGUGAUGACACUCAGGUCACUGAGCUGUUGGACAAGGUGGAGGAGAUGGUUGCAGCAAACAGUGGAGAUGUGUUUCACCCUGAGAUGGAUGUCAGUAAAGAAAUGAACUGGAGUUCUGAAGAGUAUCAGAUAUCACCAUUGCCUGUGACAAAAGUCAGGAGCAUAGAUGUUUACCCUCCAAGCAUGAGUGGAGACAGCAGAGCUGAGACAGACUGUGAUUCUGGUUGGAUAUCUGAGGCUGGAUCACUGCAGAGACCUGAGAGGAGUACAUUUAAAAUCCUGUUGAGGAAUGCUAAACAUAGGGACACCCCUAUGUCCAGACCUCCUGACCACAGCUCAGGGAUUAAACCCCAGAGAUCUCCACACACCAGAUUAAACCCUGAACCUGCACACUGCAGGGAACCACAAGGAAACUACCAGAUCCUGACUUCUGUGAUUCCUGUAUUCACCUCACAACCUUCAGAGACUUCAUACAGGCUCCAGUGCCCCCAUGCAGGUGUGUUCCAGUGCAAGUUGACAGGUCUGGCCUUUCAGAUGGAGGGAGAGGGUGAGGUGCUAUACAGAACUGUCCAAUGGGACGAAGGUCUGCUGCACUCCACAGGCCAGACCCCUGCAGGACCCCUGUUCAACAUCAGCUGUCCUCAGGGUUCUGUCUGUCAGCUACACCUCCCACACUGUGAGAUUCUCUCUGGAGAGGGUCUUGACUCCUUGUCUGUGGCUCAUGUCAGUGGUGAUAAUGUGGAGCUUUUGCCUCCCCUGAGGGUGACUGACACACAUGUGGUGGUGAACAUCACAGACCUGUCCCUAUGGGGCCUGGUGAGACCGUUCAUACCUUUCCUCACCAUCAGGGGGCAGGUGCUGCCCUUCUACGAAUCACAAAGCUCUCUUCUGAACCUGGUUGUUUUACCACACAACGUUCCACUCCCGGAGGUGGAGAAGAUGCAGAGAUUGAGCUCCUACAUAACUGUGUGUUCAGACUGCACACUCUCUCGUGGGGAAGUCUACAGUCUCUGCUGUGAUGUGGUGGAGGAAGAUGACAUUCAACCUAAGUGUGUUCAGGUCCACUGGAACUACGGUCCAAACUACCACCCCACCUUCCAGGUGUUUCUGAGCGCUGACACAGAGAAGGUGAGGCUGAGGCUUCUGGAGAGAGGGGGAGAAGGAGAGGAGGUGUGGACAGCACAUGUUCCACUAACAGGUUCCUCAUCGACGGGUGGAAGGCAGACUGAGCAUGCUCAGAGUGACUGCAGAGGAGCAACUACGUGGUGUAAGACUGGCGUUUGUGCAUCGAGUGUCCAGGCCUGUCCUGAAUGAUCUGCUGGGUGGACUUCUGCAGGAGAGGGUGAUCAACGUUGCUGAGAGAGAGGCAGUGACGGAGGAGACACAGAGGGCAGAGAGAGCACGGGCCACCAUCGACAUGGUCCUGAGGAAAGGAGAUGAGUCAUGUUCUGUGAUGAGACGCCUCCUGUGUGAUAUGGACCCCUACUUAUAUUCAACACUGGGCUUUAAAUAAUGCUGAAUAGGAUGAAUUUAUAGCUGUAACUGAUUCUGUAACAAAAUGCUGGGAAAAUGUUUCAGUCUUGACACGGAUUAGUGGAAUGACAGCAAUGAAGGAUGGGUUUAAUGUAAAUAAAUAUAUUUUAUCCAUAUUUAUAUACAGAAUGGAUGUUCAGGCAAACAUUUUAAGAUUUUAAAAUAUUGUUUUUAAUAGGUAAUAUUAUUUUAACAUCAUUUAAAAGGAUGGAAACGACUCAGAUUAUGGAACCUAUUUCCACUAGGUGGUAGAAGCAUUGUUACUGAAUGUAAAAUUGUUUUAUAUAUUCCAUUUUAUAUAAAACUCAAAAUUGUAUUCAUCUGUAAGGUUAAGGGUCACUUUGUAAGGCGAGACAUGAGGAACUGCAGACAACACUGAAUUGCUCCUCCCAAGGCUUAUUUUCUUUUUUCUCAGAGUUUUCUUGGGGGUUUUCCUUGUCUUCCUUGAGGAUUUAGAUUGGUGCAGUUCUAAGGGCAUAUUCAAAUACAUUUGAUUUGGUCAGUGCAGACCUCUGUGACAUUGCUUGUAAAAAGAACUAUGCAAAUGAAAUUGUAUUUGAUUCGAUGACUUAACCAGCAAAGUUCACCCCAAGGCAAAGGCCACAUAGUCCUGGACCUAGUGAAGUGUGGCUCAUAUUUGAUGGGUGAAUAA